AUGAACACAAAGAUCGCAGCGGCCAUUUUGGCCUUCACCACUCUUACAGUCAACAUCAACGCCGGUAAAAACCAACCACGACCCUCCCUUGCAUCCGCUGUGCUCGACAUUGUCACUGACUCCGUAUCAGACAUCGAUGCCAACAAGGUCAACAUUCGCGACAACGGCGACCUUGCCGCUACUGAUGGUAAGUCUUUUGCAAACACUGACAACAGCCAGUUUGCUAACUCGACGACUGACCCGAUAGUCGUUACCGUCACCGUCACUGACUGCAGCCCCGCAAGCGUCACAAGCCCAGUCGUUAGCACCACUGCUGCCUCCAUUCCUGUUUCCUCUCCGAUCAUUGAAACCAGCAGCGUCUUCAGCUCGGUUGUCACCAGCGUCUCGACCAUCAGCGAAAGCACCACUCCCCAUGUCACUUCGAGCAGCACCGAAGUCAAGGUGUCUUCGUCCACUGAGACCGAGGAAACAGAAAGUACCUCAACUGUUCCGGCCUCCACCACUGCUCCGGCCCCAAGCAACGACGCGACCCAUGUGACUGGCGUUACCGGCGGUGUCUUCGGCGCUUUGAUUGUUGCAAUUCUUAAUAUUUUCUAA